CCAUGUGUCCAUUUAGCGUUCAUAACACAAGCAGCAAAGAAAACAAAAUCAUGACUCAAUGUUCCAUCUCCAUCAGUUCUUCACUUUUGGACACAACAUGUGUUUUAUCAAUGCAGUGCUAUAGAGCAAACAGCAAUUUCCACACUUUAAGAGUAAAGCAAAUAGUUGAGUUUCUUCAGAUAACGAGUGCACUGCGGUUGUGUUCUAGGUCCAGAUCUGUAAACGCAGUGUGGAGGUGAUGGAUGCAGUUCGUCGUGGAGCCCAGUUGGCUAUAGACGAGUGCCAGUUCCAGUUUCGCAAUCGUCGAUGGAACUGCUCAACUUUGGAAACCAUGCCCGUGUUUGGCAAAGUAGUGACCCAAGGCACCCGCGAGGCAGCCUUUGUGUAUGCGAUCUCAGCAGCCAGUGUGGCAUUCGCGGUCACAAGGGCCUGCAGCAGCGGAGAGCUGGAAAAAUGUGGCUGUGACCACAAUGUGCAUGGAGUCAGUCAGGAGGGUUUCCAGUGGUCAGGCUGCAGUGAUAACAUUGCGUAUGGAGUGGCUUUCUCUCAGUCUUUCGUGGAUGUCAGAGAGAGGGGUAAAGGCCAGUCUUCUAACCGCGCCCUCAUGAACCUGCACAACAACGAAGCUGGGAGAAAGGCCAUCCUGUCCCACAUGCGUGUGGAGUGCAAAUGCCACGGUGUGUCAGGUUCCUGCGAGGUGAAGACCUGCUGGAAAGCUAUGCCACCAUUCCGCAAGGUGGGCAACAUCAUCAAGGAGAAGUUUGACGGCGCCACAGAGGUGGAGCAGCGCAGAGUGGGCUCUACUAAAGUCCUGGUGCCUCGCAACUCUCAGUUCAAACCUCACACUGAUGAAGACCUGGUCUACCUGGAACCCAGUCCAGACUUCUGUGACUAUGACCCGCGCACGCCGGGGAUGCUGGGCACAGUGGGGCGCCAGUGUAAUAGAACGUCGAAGGCCAUCGAUGGCUGCGAGCUGAUGUGCUGCGGCCGUGGCUUCCAGACGCAGGAAGUGGAGGUUGUGGACAGGUGUAGUUGUAAGUUCCACUGGUGUUGUUAUGUGAAGUGCAAACAGUGCCGCAAAAUGGUGGAGAUUCACACUUGCCGGUGAUGCGGGAGAGGAAGCGGGCGCAUCUGAUGGACGCAAAACAAAUGCCCAAUACUCUUCCUCAUUGACAAGCCAGAGAGAACAAAAAGAUUCGCAAAUCUCCCUCUUCUGCUUUGAAACCAUCCCACCCUCUGACUAGAGCGACGGCCAGUGAGAGCGCCAGGUCAGCCAUCAUCAACCAGAUCCAUCCUGCUGUUUUAAUGGCUAAUUCCAGCGAGGAAACAAAGACUAUUCCUUAAGAAGGACACCUUCUAACACCCUGCCUCCCUCAUGCUCACAUUUGGUUUGUCACUGAUGCCUUCUUAUUAUUAUGUUUAACUUAUUUGUUGAGACUGAGGAGAUUGACAGAGCGUGGACACAGCGGGAGGCGAGUCGGGAUGAUUAUGACAGAUUUGGAGCUGCAAAUAGUCAGUGGAGGGUGGAGUUGGGAUCUGAAGGUGGGCCGCCUACUGUGCUUGAUUCUGCUGCUGCUUCCAAGACUCAAUCAGAGAGCGGGAUGUCAAAAAAGGGACAACACAGAGGAACAAAUAUAGAUCUUCUGUGGUUCACUAGGUGCGGUAAAUUCCAGCUAGCCACGAACCUUUGACGUUGCCCAGAGAAUACCCCCUGAUGUAGACACGCCCACUGGAUUCUUCCUCCUACAAGGAGGAUGAUGAUUAUGUUGAUGACGGUGAUGGAGAGGAAAAAGCCACUUUCGUCUCCUUCUGGUUUGUUUCCCAGUACUGGCAGUUCAUGGUAUCUCACAGAUAUAACAGAUACACAUAGUAGGGGUGUAACAAGAUGUCGUCCCAUAAAAUCUUGAUAUUAAAGCACUACAGUAUUCCUCAUCUAAGAAACGUAUCUGCUGUCUGCACGGGACUAAAGAGGGCUAAAUGUGUCAGCUUGGGUUCUGAACACGAAGGGGAAAGUUUAUUUUGAAUUAAGGAAAUCCUUCUUGAGCUGGUUUUGUUAACAAAUUUGAAAAAUAAAAACUUAUGAUUAGGGUUUACCAGAAGACUCCAUUACAAAAGUGUCCAAUAGAGCGUUAUUUAAACCUUCCUACCUGCAUCUGUUCAUGGAAAGGAAAGAAAACUGCAAAGAAGGAACCAAGAUGCAGAUGAUUUUGUAGCACUGUGAGAACACUGUGAUUGGCUAACACUGACUGCACUAAAGUUAACAUUUCCCUUUCAAUUCAAUUCUAUUCAGUUUAUUUCUAUAGCUCCAAUUCACAUCAUGUCAUCUCAGGUCACUUUCCAGUUCACCAGAUCAUCCAGUCAGAUUGAUUCAAAGUUUUCUAUCUAAGGA